UGUGGACUCGAAUGUGUCUUCUGCGUCGGUUUCAGUCGGUGGGCAUGGAAACGUUGCACACACGUGGGCUCCGACGAUAGCGCCACGUGGACGGCAGCAACACCCGAAGAAUUCGAGCCAAUCCCAAGAAUUUGCCGCGUGAUCCUCGCCGUCUACGAGCCCGAUCUCCGAAACCCUAAAAUCUCGCCGUCGAUCGGAAAAUUCGAUCUAAACCCAGAUUGGGUAAUCAAAAGAGUGACCCACGAGAAAACCCAAGGCAGAUCUCCACCGUACAUCAUCUACGUCGAUCACGACCACCGUGAGAUCGUGCUCGCGAUCCGUGGCUUAAACCUAGCGAAAGAGAGCGAUUACAAGAUCCUUCUGGAUAAUAAACUCGGACAGAAGAUGCUCGGAGGUGGGUUUGUUCAUCAGGGGCUUUUGAAAUCGGCGGCUUGGGUUUUGAAUCAAGAAUCGGAGACGCUUAGAAGCGUUUGGGAAGAGAAUGGGAAAGAGUAUGAUAUUGUUUUCGCCGGUCACUCUUUGGGAUCUGGUGUUGCGGCGUUGAUGGCGGUUUUGGUGGUAAAUACUCCGUCGAUGAUCGGUGGUGUACCGAGGAGUAAGAUCCGGUGUUUCUCGGUGGCUCCGGCAAGGUGUAUGUCGCUUAAUCUCGCCGUUAAGUAUGCUGACGUCAUCUUCUCCGUAAUUUUGCAGGAUGAUUUUUUACCAAGAACAGCGACACCAUUAGAGGACAUUUUCAACUUGCCUUGCUUAUUGUUUCUAGUUUGUUUGAGAGAUACAUUUAUACCAGAAGGUAGAAAACUAAGAGACUCUCGAAGACUUUAUGCACCUGGUCGAAUUUAUCAUAUCGUGGAACGAAAAUUCUGCAGAUGUGGAAGGUUUCCUCCAGAAGUAAGAACCGCGAUUCCCGUUGAUGGGAGAUUCGAACAUAUAGUAUUAUCAUCGAACGCAACAUCCGAUCACGCGAUUCUAUGGAUCGAAAGAGAGUCCGAAAAGGCGCUUCAGGUUACAUUUGUUUCU